UCAUUACAAGUUCACAGCCAAAACGUGAGACUUUUCCAUGUCCUUUCCUUUCCAUCGAGUUUACUUUGACCAUAUACAGUUAUACACCUCUUCCCUACCCAUCUUCUUCAUAACCCCACUCCAAAAAUCCUUUAAUUCUCAUAAAAAUGGCGUCUUUUAGCUUCUCAUUGUUCCUUCUAUCAGUCUCCCUCUCUCUCAUUCCCAUACUAUGCACCAAUUCCGAAGGAAAUGCUUUGCAUGCUCUUAGAAGCAAACUUUCUGACCCUAAAAACGUCUUACAGAGCUGGGAUCCUACCCUUGUAAAUCCUUGUACCUGGUUCCAUGUUACCUGCGAUGCUAACAGCCAUGUUAUUCGAUUGGAUUUGGGAAAUUCCAACAUUUCUGGAUCAUUGGGUUCUGAGCUUGGUGAACUCAAGCAUCUUCAAUACUUGGAGCUUUACUGGAACAAUAUCGGAGGCAAAAUCCCGAAAGAAUUAGGGAACUUGAAAAACCUUGUUAGCAUGGAUUUAUAUGGCAACAAUUUCGAAGGGGAAAUCCCAAAAUCAUUGUCUAAAUUGAAGUCUCUUAGAUUUCUGCGAUUAAACAAUAACAAGCUGUCAGGCCCCAUUCCAAGAGAGCUCACAACUCUUUCUAACCUUAAAAUUUUUGAUGUUUCUAAUAAUAAUCUUUGUGGAACAAUACCUAUUGAUGGUCCUUUCACAAGUUUCCCCAUGGAAAGUUUUGAAAACAACAAAUUAAAUGGACCAGAGCUGCAAGGACUCGUUUCUUAUGAUUUUGGAUGCUAAAUUAAGGAAAUGGUUGAUGCUUGGAUUUAUUGAUGAUGUUCAUUGUAGUUGCAACAAGUCAUUACCAAGAUAUAAUCUUUUCAUUAGCCCGAGAUCUGUUUUCUAUAUUUGUCUUUUGUAUUUAUAAUUAAUCUUAAAAGACAGAAAAGGUAUAUUUUUAUUGUGUAUCGUAUUAAUGGAAUUAUAGUUGAUUUGAUGCUGGUA